GUUACGUUAGUUUCGACGCAGUAGCCGGCGUUGAGCGGUCUUCUGUGGCGUGAAAAGACAUCAUUUUUCUCGCUUCCUCUAUCUAUACUCGUACCUGCCUGAGCUGCGUGUCGCGUAAUCAAUUAAUUUGGACAAUGUUCGAAUCGGCGUCAAAUUUUAUUCGUUUCUUAUCUUCGGAUUUUAUGGCCGAAAAAUACGAAUUUAGUCAUUUUAACUCGUUGAACUACGUUUAUUCGAGAGUUCUGUUGUGAGCCAGAAGCCAAGUUGCAUUUCGAUUGUGCGCCGGCCAAAUCGCAUUGUCAAUUCCUUAUCUACUUAUAUAAAUUACCACGUAAUGUAUACUUAUGAAAUUUGAGUUUGAUAACUGCCCACUGUAUCGUACAAUUAGCCCCGUAGAUUGAUUCCAAUUGCUCGUUUUUGCAGUACCUACCUACUUUAUCGCGUACCCAGAACGUACCCUACGAUACAUCGUAACCUGUAAUCUCAUUUCACCAAUUCCCAGUCUGCAAGUUUGGCCCCUCAACCUACAUAUCACGUCCACUUUCCCAAUAUGACGGUCAAAAAUAUGUAUGGUCGCUAUACCAAAGAAUUAGGAUCUUGCGCCAAAGAAGAAGCCAUCAAAUUAGGUUUGAAAUCCAGAAAAUACAAAAAUGAAGUAUUCGCCGGAGACGAAUUGCACAAAUAUCGUGGAAAAUGCGCCGGAAAGAUAUUGUCUGUUAUCGGAUUCAUCUGGAGGCACAGUUUUGCCAAGCUGGGAGAAGAUUGGGUGUUCUUGGCUUUGCUGGGAGUCGUGAUGGCGGUGUUGAGCUUUAUCGUCGAUUAUGGCAUUACGUUCACUAACGAAGGUAGACUAUGGUUGUAUAAAGAUUUAUCCAAGAAUGCGAUAGCUCAAUAUAUGGCAUGGGUAUCGUUACCUGUUUGCUUAAUUCUAUUCUCAGCCGGUUUCGUGCACAUUGUAGCGCCGCAAUCGAUCGGUUCCGGUAUACCGGAAAUGAAAACCAUACUUCGAGGCGUCGCCCUAAAAGAAUAUCUCACCUUUCGUACGCUCGUCGCAAAAGUUAUAGGUUUAACAGCAACGCUCGGAUCUGGACUUCCCCUCGGUAAAGAGGGUCCAUUCGUACAUAUAAGUAGCAUCACGGCGACUCUUCUGUCCAAAUUGAUCACAUCUUUCAAAGGUAUCUACGAAAACGAAUCUCGAAAUACGGAAAUGUUGGCGGCUGCUUGCGCCGUUGGUGUGGCGAGUUGUUUCGGUGCUCCUCUCGGAGGUGUCUUGUUUAGUAUCGAAGUAACAACCGUGUAUUUCGCGGUGCGAAAUUAUUGGCGUGGAUUUUUUACGGCCGUCUGCGGAGCUACCGUAUUUCGUUUAUUGGCUGUGUGGUUUAACAAAGCAGAUACUGUAAAGGCUUUCUUUCCUACUCAUUUCACGAUGGAGUACCCGUUCGAUCCUCAAGAACUCACCGUGUUCGCAUUUAUUGGAGCUGCUUCGGGAUUCGGAGGAGCCUUCUAUGUAUGGGCGCAUCGGCAAUACGUUCUAAUUAUGCGACAGAAUAAAAAACUCAACGCUUUUUUACAAAAAAAUCGGUUCUUGUAUCCUGGAAUUGUAACAUUUAUCGCUGCCACUGUUUCGUUUCCAUUAGCCUUGGGCAAAUAUUGCGCCAGUGAUUUGAGCACCGAUGAACAACUUUCAGGCUUAUUCAGCAAUUUUACGUGGACAAAAGACGAAUUCACUAUCAAAGAAGCUGAAAUACUGGGCCACUGGACUACCGAAAAUACCAAUGUAUUCGUUAGUUUAAUCGGAUACUUACUUUUUAAUUUCAUAUUUUCGAUUAUUUCGUCAACGAUACCGGUACCUUCGGGUAGUUUCAUUCCAGUUUUCAAAAUAGGCGCUGCGUUUGGUAGAAUUAUCGGCGAAUUGAUUCAUAUGCAGUUUCCUAACGGUAUCAGACACGGGAAAUAUAUUUUCCCAAUAAUACCAGGUGGCUACGCUACUGUUGGUGCUGCAGCAUUUUCCGGCGCAGUAACUCACUCAUUUUCCGUAUCUGUAAUCGCAUUCGAAAUGACCGGACAAAUAACUCACAUUAUACCGAUGAUGAUUGCGGUGUUGGUGGCAAAUGCGAUCGCAGCUCUCUUGCAGCCUUCUCUUUACGACAGUAUUAUUUUGAUUAAGAAACUUCCUUACUUGCCGGAUUUACUUCCUUCGAAUUCCUCUAUUUAUACGGUUUAUGUGGAAGACUUUAUGCUUCGAGACGUGAAAUACAUUUGGCAAAAUAUGAAUUAUAAAAAUUUAAAAAGAAUAUUGAAAGAAAAUAAACGCAUUCGCGUGUUUCCUUUGGUUGACAAUCCUGAUUCUAUGAUCUUAUUAGGAUCUGUUCAACGUAUAGAAUUGAUCAAAUUGAUCGAAGAUCACGUCGGUAGAGAGAGACGAGUUCAGGUUGUCGCCAAAUGGCAAAAGGAAGCCCAAGAAAGAUUGGAAGAAUUAGAGAGGAGAAGGCGGCAAGACAGUAACCGGCGACCGUCGAGAUUUGAAGUCGUUCCUGCUCCGGAUAUUUUAAAAAUGAAACAGUAUUCUAGCUCAGACCUCAUGCAAAAGGACGGCAGUUCUUCUCCUUACGAUCAGCAACCAAAGAAAUCCAUUUUGAAGAAAACCAAUUCGUUCAAUUUGAGAAGUUUUCCUAAUUUAAUGACGUCAGCGGUAGCUACCCCCUAUAGCACUGUAACCGGCGCCGAAAGCAGAAUUCGUUUGGCUUUCGAAGCCAUUUUCCACAAAUCAGCUACCUUACAAGAUGCGAAUCCGGAUAUGGAAAUGAACGUGCCGCAGACGAAUGAAAAACCUUCGCCAAGUCCGAUGACGCUUAAAAAAGUGCAAUUGCCGAGAGAACGUGUAAUAGACAUGUCACCCGAAGAUCAACGAGAAUGGGAAGAAGGUGAAAUGGAACAACGAGUUAAUUUCGACAAGUGCCAUAUUGAUCCAGCUCCUUUCCAGUUGGUCGAAAGGACAUCGUUGUUAAAAGUGCAUUCGAUAUUUUCUCUAGUCGGCGUGAAUCACGCAUACGUUACCGCUAUUGGUCGAUUAGUCGGCGUCGUAGGUCUAAAAGAGCUGAGGAAAGCCAUCGAAGACUCAAAUGCUGGUACAUUACAUACCAGCUCAUCGACUCAGAUUCCUCAAACGCAGAAUCACUCGCAAAACGUUGAAACAAAAUUACUUUCAAAUCAAGAGCGUAAAAACAGCGACACGACCAGUAUAAAUAGCGCACUGACCAAUACAAACGUUUAAUUCGCGAAUAUUUUUUUUUUGAGCGACCAAAAAAGUUGUGACUGUUGUAUUUUGAGAUUUAAUGAGAUUUAAGCCUACAUCGUUAAAUUUUACCCGUGAACAUCUCGUAAGUAAAUCGUAAUGAUGAAAAAGAAGUGAAGAAAAAAACGUAACAAUUUUUAUCAAAAUCAGAAGGAAUUCUUCAAUUAAACUGAAUGUAGCUGAAAUAUACGCGUAAAAUGUCGAUUUUUUAAAUGUGUUUUAGUGACGAAGAAGUCACGGCCAUUCCAUUUAUGUAUGUGUCAUAUUAGAAUGUUAGGUACAAUGAAAGUACCUAACUUUGUUGUUUAAUUUUAACUUAGGUAUAUUAUUAUAACUGCAUUUUGAUGAUUUAAUUCAUUAUUUUGUUUUUAAAUUUCAAAUGUAACUCAUUGUUAUUUCGUAUGUCGAUUUAUUUUACCUUUUUUUUUUUUGACUGUUGAUUAAUUAGCUAUUUUGUUUGUAGUCAUAUAUUGUUUUUUUUGUGCCAGCAAUGUGCUUGUGUGACUUCAGUGACUUGUUGAAAAAUCACUCUUUGUAAUAUAGACACUGGAUCUAAUCUAUGUCCGGGUGUCUAUACUUCGUAAUAAAAAAUAUGAAAUUUUCAGUUAAAAA